AUUGGUGCUAAGUACUCGCAGUAUAACUCCAUACCGUUAAUUGGAUCAACGUACUCGACUUAUCCGUCCACACUGUUUAGUGGUUCUGCACCGAGUUAUCCUUCCAAACCGAUUAGUGAAUCUACGUAUUUGCCUUUUCCUGGCGACUGCAAUCGUUAUUACCAAAAAACAGUUUUAAGAUGUCCAUCCAAUACUUACUGGAGUUCUACAUUGCAGCGUUGUGAUAAUAUAAAUUAUUCCAGCUGUUCAUCAAUAAACCCUGAACCACCAUUCGACAAUCGCCCCGAAGAUGAUCUGGUUAAACUAUGUGCAAAUCAAUUAGGCAUGUUCAUACCAUAUCCAGGGGAUUGCAGUCGAUUUAUACAAUGUGAUUACAUUCCUUUUGUGAAAAUCUGUCCUAAGCAUCUUUAUUGGAACUCCGAGCUUCUUACUUGCGACAAAAUCUGUGUCUAACACAAUGAUUAAUUGAAUAACAAAAAGUGAAUACUUAAUAAACAUGCUUUAAAUAAAA